AUAUAUUUGUGUCUCAUUCUAUCAUUGAUUUUUUUUGUUGUUUUUAUCCUUGUUUGCUUGUUUGUGAAAAGCUGACGCUACCUAAAACUUUGUACAAAGUUGUCCCGGCCAAUCGGAACUUCAUACAUACGAGAAAAUUAAAGUUAAAAUAAAAAAAAAAAAAAAAGGGGAAAUUACACACUGACGUGUCCCCAAAACGUAUCACUUUGACUGACUUUGGCCAUCAUCAUCAUUAUUCUUGUACAGCAACACUGAAAAUUACACGCAAAAUAUUAUUAUCAAACAAAAAAAAAAAAUUAUAUAUUUACUGCAAAAUUAAAUAAACUUUCGAGUGUUUUUUUUUUGUUUCUUUAUAUUAUUAUUUGGUUUUUUUUUUUUUUUCGAUAGAAAUUGUGAUUUUUUCGAUUCGCCAUUUAUUGAAAAUUAAUUGAAAAAAGUUUUUAAUUAUUGUGAUAACAUCAUGGCUUCUGUGCUCAAUAAUUUCAUGAGAUCAUUCAACAACAGAAUUGAGGCACCAGUUCAAAAACAUUUGAAAAAUGUUUAUGGUGCAUUGGCAUUAUCAACAGUCUCAGCAGCAUCUGGUGCUUAUGUACACAUGUUUACUGAUAUGUUUCAAGCAAAUUUAUUGAGUACACUUGGUGCACUUGGUCUUUUGAUUGCUUUGAGUAUGACACCAGAUAAUGGAAAGAAUCAAAAGUUACGUCUUGGUUAUCUUCUUGGUUUUGCAUUCUUGUCAGGUCUUGGCCUCGGGCCACUUUUGGAAAUUGUUGUUAGUAUUGAUCCAAGUAUCAUUGUAACAGCACUAGUUGGUACAACUGUUGUAUUUGUAUCAUUCAGUAUUUCUGCAUUGUAUGCACCACGUGGCCAAUGGCUUUACCUCGGUGGUACUCUUAUUAGUUUAUCAAAUGUUGCAAUUAUUUUGGUACUAACAAAUAUCUUCAUGCGAUCAACUUUAAUUUAUCAAGCACAAUUGUACUUGGGACUAUUUCUCAUGUGUGGAUUCAUCAUAUUUGAUACACAACUUAUUGUUGAAAAAUUCCACAUGGGUAACAAAGAUUUUAUUGCUCAUGCACUUGAAUUAUUCAUUGACUUGUUCAGAGUUUUCCGUUAUCUCGUUGAGAUUCUUACUAUCAAGGAACAAAAUAAUCGUAAACGCAAAGAAUAAUUUAUUCAUCAAUGUUUGAUAUGACAAUGUGGUGUCAUCAACAUUCAACAUCCAAUAAAAAAAUCCAUAAAAAUA